AUGGCCUCGUCUCUGGCCCCCGACAGCCGGCCGGAUCUGUUGGCGCCUGCUGACGGGGACAAUGCCAGCGAUCCUUUCGUUUCCGACUCGUCCUCAUCUGCUCACCACCGGUUUUCCAACUUCGACCUGGAACUGUUCGCCGCCGGGCCUGGUUCUUCACCCAGACAGGCAAGGAAGGCCCUGGAGGCACAUCUCGCAGAAACAGACCGUCGGCUAGACGAGGCGGGGAGGCUGGGAACCGCCCUCGUUGCCCAGCGCAAGCUCUUGGCCGAGCGAUUGCAAGAAGUGCAGAAGCUUCAGGCUGAAGGCGAGCUUGGGCCGGACUUGCGCAAGAAACUCGUGGAAAUUGAGCGGGAAUAUAACGACUUGGCCAGGGAGUCUGCAAGAGUUUUCCUCCCGAAACAGAGAGUGCCGAGCAAUGAUGCUCACCCGGGCUCGCCUUUUGUGCCAGAAGGGCGAAGCGGAAGGCGUUCCGUGAGCCCUUCCAAAUUCGAAAGCCAAGCCACUGGCUCUCCAACCAAGGUCGGCGUCCCGAAUCGCAAAACCAGAAAUCAGCCGUCAAAUCGAAUUCACGACAUUGAAUUCGCCGCUGAAAUCAGCACGUCGCUUAUUGCUCAGGUCCGGAAUCUCCAGGCGUUGCUGUCCGAGCGAGAUGACGAACUCAAGGGUAUCCAAUCGGACAAGGCCAGACUGGAAAUCGAGUCGGAGAGCUUGCAACAGCGACUCAAAACACUGGAUGAGAGCGAACAUCGAUACAGAGAGGAAAAUUGGAACCUUGAGACUCGUCUCCAAGAGAUUUCUUCGCAACAAAGAGAAGCUGCGGAUCGUGAGAAGAAGCUUACUCAAGCCUUGAACUUGUCCGAUUCCGAGAAGACGUCGGUCCAGAAAGAGCUAGACGACGCCAAAUUGUCUUAUUCCAAACUAGCAGAGGAACAUGCAGCUGCUAUGAAGCAUCUCGACAUCGAGUUGGGCGCUGCCAAACGCAACAUGGUCAUGGCUGAUGGCGAGAGAGCGUCGAUGCAACGCAAGAUUGAUGACUUGAUGAACCAGAACCAGGAGCUGGCGAAAGCCUUUUCAUCACAACGGGGACGGACUACGGAUCGAGAGUCAUUGCCAGGUUUGAGCGAUGAGGAUUUCGAAACGGCAACAGAUAACAUCACGCCUGAGCACUCGCCACCGCCAUCCCCCGUAAAGGGGACACCUCGACACGCAAUGCUUGAGACCGAGACUAUAAAAUCAUCCCUGCAUCAUGCGCAGAGAACAAUCCAGAGCCAGAGAAACCAACUCCACAGAGAGAAGACGGAAAAGAUAGAGUUACGUCGAAUUAUUCAGGACCUUCGAGACGAUCUGGAGAAGGCGAGGACCGAUGCGAAUACCUCUUUCGGCUCUCGUCGCAGCCGCAAGAUGGACUCGAAGGAAUUAAUCAAGAAACCCGCUCGUCUGCUGGGAAACCUUCGAUCUAGCAGACAAGAGAUCGUGAUGGAUGAUCCCGAUUGGGAGGAUAACGCUGAUAUGUCGCCGGCGGGUCCCUCCGUGGGGGUUUUCCGUCGCAACGUACAGGCAGUACAUCCCACUGACACGAGCGAUCACUUCGAGACUGCAAAUGAAGCUAGCGAGUCUGCCUUCGAGACUGCCAAUGAACGGGCUACCGCCACUGAGACUGAGGACUUCCAAACCGGAAACGAGGCACUGUCUGGCGGUGACGACAAUAACGAGACGGAGACUGAGACCACCUCUCGAGGGUUCGGUCGGAUGAAGCGACCACCUAGCCUCCCCGCUGGCUUAGCAAGGGCAGGCAGCAGGGACUCGUUUGACAGUACUGCCUCUACUUCGGCAGAUGAGGAUGGACUCGCCAAUCUGCGCACGCCAACAGGGACCAUAUCAUCUCAACGGAGCCGUCUCAGACUCAGCCGAAAUCUGUUUUCUCGCAGUUCGAGGCAGGCCAGCGAAGAACCAAAUGUACGAAGCAGUCCGGCCAGCUAUACCAGCGGCGGCACUCCCCAGGCCGCUGGCCAGAGCCUGUUCGCAGAGCUUCAAGAUUUUGGGAGCGACGAUGAGUCUCUUGGUGCCGCUAUGCCGAGCCGGCGAAGUGUCCGAUCUGCUACUCCCGGAUCGGUUCGUCGGACCGCGUCGCCACUGCCUGCGGUUCCAGUCUUGCCCAGCGUGCUCAUGGUGGACCGCGGUGUCAUGACUAGCCCCGUAACGAUCACUGCAGAAGUUUUCGAGGAACGUGGAGACAGGCCAAUGUCGAUGGAAUCAGUCGUUCGCCGUGAGAACCGGCCGCCUACAGAUUGGCCAACCGGCCAAGGUAUGGACAGAGACGUCUCUCGGCCAGCGUCCCUGUUUUCACAAAGUGACGCCAGUAUUCAGGACGAGCAAGAUUUGGAAAGCAAGCUGGCCGAAUUCCCUGCUCCUCCAACACUCCCAAUCUUGACCAUGUCUUCCAUAUAUGUAGAACAACUUGAGCCUGUGGAGGAACCGGUGGUAUCGCCAACACCGCCCCUCUUGCAGUUUUCGGGAAUUACCGCACAGAAUGUCGAGCCGGUGUCACUGCCGCCGCCAGCGCAGCCGUCACUCAUUCUAUCAUCGAUCCUCACGCAACACACACGGCCGAUUUCAGAGCCGCCUCCCCCUCCACCGACGCUGGCUCUGUCAACAAUUUCUGCCCAACAUAUAGAGCCUGUGUCAUCAACGCCAGACCUGAUGACUCUACCAAGCUUUGGCUUAUCUCCCGUCGGAUCCGUCGAGACCCAUCCCACAUCGCCUCGCAGUCCUUGGAGAGAAGCCUUUAUUCUUCCGGGAGGCGAUGACUCUGAAGACGGAGAGGCCAAUGUGCCAAGGACACCCACCAAGAAAAGCAUUUUUGGGUCCGCCAUUUCCCGCGAUAAGAAGAGAGAUGUUACGCCAAUCAUUGCCGAGGAUGAUACUCGGCAGUCUCCCACCUCACUGGAUGGUGGUACCCCUGAGUCGCAACGGCCAUUCAAAGAGAUUUCAGCCAAUGCCAGUUUCCGUCCAGCACGAAAGCAGAGUAUUCGCACCAGGGAUCAAUCCGCCCAGACUUCAUUGACCUCUGGCGCUAUUGACCAGCUCCUUCAAAGUGACUCUCAACGCUCUCCGAGACACGCGAAGGACUCGUCCGUUGGCUCUGCUGGUACGCCUGACACCACCGGCACAGUUAGGGUCUACCGCUCACCAGAGAGUCUUGAUACACCUGUUCGUCGCAGGGGCAAGGCCGUGGUCGAGCCCGCACACGAUGCGGGGGCUCUGGCCCGACCUGGAAGUGCAGCGAGCGGCAGAGGCUCGUUCCACGAUGCACCGCCGCUACCUUCCAACCACCGCCAAAUUAUCGAAGCAGCUCGUUCUGGUUCAUCUCACGGCCAGCAACCAGGAGGCAUGGGCCCUCCCAUCUGGCCCGCCUCGGCAACGAGACAUCGGCCCCAGACUCCAAGUCAACAGGGUCCCAUGACAUCUGUCCGUGGAGCUACAACGCCGCGGGCCGCCUGCAGCGGAUCCACACAUAACGGAGUCGCAGAGAUUAGUACAUCUGGCCGACUCACAGCGCAUUCACGACGAUCAUCUGUGUCUUCCUUUGCGUCUGAGCUUGAUUCGCGAUUCAACAUGCGAGCUCUAGAGAUGGGCUUGCCUCCGACUGGAUUUGGGCCCAAUACUGAUCCCCGUAUGAUUCAAGCCAUUACGCAAACCAUGAUUGGCGAAUUUCUGUGGAAGUACACUCGCAAGACGGGUCGUGGCGAGUUUUCUGACAACCGUCACCGUCGUUAUUUCUGGGUUCACCCGUACACUAGGACGUUGUAUUGGAGCGACAAGGACCCAUCCACCGCAGUUCGCGCAGAGCUCAGAACAAAGAGUGUACCGGUCGAGGCUGUUCGUGUGGUCACUGAUGACAACCCAAUGCCGCCAGGGCUGCACCGCAAGAGCUUGAUCAUCAUCUCUCCCGGGCGAACCAUCAAGUUCACUUGCACGACUGGUCAGCGCCACGAGACCUGGUUCAACGCACUCUCGUAUUUGUUGCUGAGAACUAGUGAGGGCCAACAGACGGACGCAGAAGAGGUUGCUGGGCAGAUCACGCGAGAAGAUGUUGACGAAUUCAACCCACAGCUCGGUCGUCGACCGCUUCAUGAUGGCGGGUCAAGAGCUGCGCCGUCACUCUCCUCGUACAAUUCUCGUACAACGCAAAAUGAGUCUCCGGUGCUCGGCGUGUCGAUGAAUGUCGCAACUCUGACGCCGUCUAGGAAGAACAAGCAUGUAUCGACAGGGAGCAGCAGAACCUCGACAGGCACCCUGGGUAAACUCAGCGGAUACUGGAGAUCUGGCGCGCCAAAAUUGACUGGCACUCUUUCCAGCCUGCGCGGCCGAGGUGCCAGCGGCCAAAACUGGGGUAUUUAUGAAGCAAGUGAGGCGCACGACAGCGCUGAAGACGUGCGCGAGAUGAUUGAGCGCCAAGACCGAGAGGCGGAUCGGCUUGAGAAUGUGCGAGCUUGUUGUGACGGGAAGCAUGAUGUGGGAACUCUGCCGCACACUUCACGAAAGGGUGGCAGGCAUCCUUCCCACCCUCACCAUGGCCAGUCUGUUCUCACCAAGCCGAGGGCCUCGAUGCGGUCUCGGGCGUAG